GCUGUGGGCUGGGCAAGAGGACCAUCCGUUCACUGACCCCGUAUCAAACCCCAGGUUCCAACAUACACAGGCCUCGGGGUCGGAAUCGUACUCAGACUCGUGGUGCAUCCUGAAUCCAACCUGAGUGGCUUGAACCGAGCCUCAGAAGAGCUGCGUCUGGAGUGGGCUCUCGAUGCCCUGGCAGCAAGCCGCAGAGGCGGAGUCCCUUCCCCCACCCGCACAUCAGCCUUUGCCGCGGCCCUGGCCCGCGACGCUCCCAGCCCCAACCUCCCCUCCUCCGGCCUCCACUCCGUGCCGGGCGAGAGAGGCGCAGUGAGGAGGCGCGGGCAGCGAGGACCGGUCUCCUGUCGCGCCGGGGCCGCCGGGGCCUCCAGGGCCGCCGUCUCCUGCGCGCGUUCUUGGUGCAGGUGGCAGAGCUUUCCGCCACUUCCCGGGCUUCACAGAUCACCGGAGAGGCUAAUCUUGGGUCUUGCUCUCCCAGCCGCAGAUCUGGCUAAACCGCUACUUCACUUCUUCCCAUUCCUCCAACUCCUCACCCCAAAACGAACGAUCCCAGGCCAGGCAGGACCCGACCACCUCUGCCUCCUCCCACUGCGCUAAUCCUGCGAGCGAGGGAGGCCCCUGCGCCGAGGCGGUGGCUGGCAAAGGGGAGUGGAAAGGGAGGAUGGAUGGGGCCGAGGGGUGGGGUGGUGAUGAGGGGGAUGUAGGAGGGGGUGUCAUUUUCUUUUUCUUUCUUUUUUUAAAAAAAGUAUUUCUCUCGCGAGAAACCGCUGCUCAGACGAUACUUGAAGAGGUGGGGAAGGAGGGGGCGCGGGAGCCGCGGCAGAGACUGUGGGUGCCACGGACGGACAGGCGGCCACAGCUGGAACAACUGCGGGCGGAGCGGGGCAGUGGCUGCCGCGGCCGGGACCAAGGGAUAGCCACCGCCGCCUCGGGAGCGGGAGCCGCCGCUUUUCCACUGGCACUGGCGGCCUGAAGUGGGAGCAGCGCCUGGAGAAGGCGGGAGGAGCCCGGCCCGGGGGACGGGCGGCGGGAGAGCGGGACCCCGGCGGCGCGGCGCGCUUAAGGGCGCAGCGGCUGCCGCGGAGCGAGCCCGGAGCGCGGCGAGAGGCGGCGGGAGCCGGCUGGCGCUCGGCAUCAUGCUCAGAGGGGGGCUGCUGGAGGUCGCCCUGGGAUUUACCGUGCUUUUAGCGUCCUACACGAGCCAUGGGGCGGACACCAAUUUGGAGGCUGGGAACGCGAAGGAAACCAGAGCCAGCCGGGCCAAGAGAAGAGGCGGCGGAGGACACGACGCGCUGAAAGGACCCAAUGUCUGUGGAUCACGUUAUAAUGCUUACUGUUGCCCUGGAUGGAAAACCUUACCUGGUGGAAAUCAGUGCAUUGUUCCCAUUUGCCGGCAUUCCUGUGGGGAUGGAUUUUGUUCUAGGCCAAAUAUGUGCACUUGCCCAUCUGGUCAGAUAUCUCCUUCCUGUGGCUCCAGAUCCAUCCAACACUGUAAUAUUCGCUGUAUGAACGGAGGUAGCUGCAGUGAUGAUCACUGUAUAUGCCAGAAAGGAUACAUUGGGACUCACUGUGGACAACCUGUCUGUGAAAGUGGCUGCCUCAACGGAGGCAGGUGUGUGGCCCCAAAUCGAUGUGCAUGCACUUACGGCUUUACUGGACCCCAGUGUGAAAGAGAUUACAGGACAGGCCCAUGUUUUACUGUGGUCAGCAAUCAGAUGUGCCAGGGACAGCUCAGCGGGAUUGUCUGCACCAAAACACUCUGCUGUGCCACAGUCGGCCGAGCCUGGGGCCACCCCUGUGAGAUGUGCCCUGCCCAGCCCCACCCGUGUCGCCGUGGCUUCAUUCCAAAUAUUCGCACAGGAGCUUGUCAAGAUGUGGAUGAAUGCCAGGCCAUCCCUGGGCUCUGUCAAGGAGGAAAUUGCAUUAAUACUGUUGGGUCUUUUGAGUGCAAAUGCCCUGCUGGACACAAAUUUAAUGAAGUGUCACAAAAAUGUGAAGAUAUCGAUGAAUGCAGCACUAUUCCUGGCAUCUGUGACGGGGGCGAAUGUACAAACACAGUCAGCAGUUACUUUUGCAAAUGUCCCCCUGGAUUUUACACCUCUCCAGAUGGUACCAGAUGUAUAGAUGUUCGCCCAGGAUACUGUUACACGGCUCUGGCAAACGGGCGCUGUUCUAACCAGCUACCACAGUCUAUAACCAAAAUGCAGUGCUGCUGUGACAUUGGCCGAUGCUGGUCUCCGGGGGUCACCAUCGCCCCUGAGAUGUGUCCCAUUAGAGCAACUGAGGAUUUCAACAAGCUGUGCUCUGUCCCUAUGGUAAUCCCUGAGAGACCAGGAUAUCCUCCCCCACCCCUUGGCCCCGUUCCUCCAGUUCACCCUGUUCCUCCUGGCUUUCCUCCUGGACCUCCAAUUCCGGUCCCUCGACCACCAGUGGAAUAUCCGUAUCCAUCUCGGGAACCACCAAGGGUGCUGCCAGUCAAUGUCACUGAUUACUGCCAGUUGUUUCGUUAUCUCUGUCAAAACGGACGCUGUAUUCCAACUCCUGGGAGCUACCGUUGUGAGUGCAACAAAGGAUUCCAGCUGGACCUCCGUGGGGAGUGCAUUGAUGUUGAUGAAUGCGAGAAAAACCCUUGUGCUGGUGGAGAGUGUGUCAAUAACCAGGGAUCGUACACUUGUCAGUGCCGAACUGGCUAUCAGAGCACACUUACCCGGACAGAAUGCCGAGACAUUGAUGAAUGUUUGCAGAAUGGCCGUAUUUGCAAUAAUGGACGUUGCAUCAAUACAGAUGGCAGUUUCCAUUGUGUGUGUAAUGCAGGCUUUCAUGUUUCACGAGAUGGGAAGAACUGUGAAGAUAUGGAUGAAUGCAGCAUAAGGAACAUGUGUCUUAAUGGAAUGUGUAUCAAUGAAGAUGGCAGUUUUAAAUGUAUUUGCAAACCUGGAUUUCAACUGGCAUCAGAUGGGCGUUACUGCAAAGAUAUUAAUGAGUGUGAAACACCUGGGAUCUGCAUGAACGGGCGCUGUGUCAACACGGAUGGCUCCUACAGAUGUGAAUGCUUUCCUGGACUGGCCGUGGGUCUGGAUGGACGUGUGUGUGUUGACACACACAUGCGGAGCACAUGCUACGGUGGAUACAAGAGAGGCCAGUGUGUCAAACCCUUGUUUGGUGCUGUUACUAAAUCUGAAUGCUGUUGCGCCAACACUGAGUAUGCAUUUGGGGAGCCUUGCCAGCCAUGUCCUGCACAGAAUUCAGCGGAAUAUCAGGCACUCUGCAGCAGUGGUCCUGGCAUGACAUCAGCAGGCAGUGAUAUAAACGAAUGUGCAUUAGAUCCUGAUAUUUGCCCAAAUGGAAUUUGUGAAAAUCUCCGGGGGACCUACAAGUGUAUAUGCAAUUCAGGAUAUGAAGUGGAUUCAACUGGGAAAAACUGUGUUGAUAUUAAUGAAUGUGUAUUGAACAGUCUACUUUGUGACAAUGGACAAUGUAGAAACACUCCUGGAAGUUUUGUCUGUACCUGUCCCAAGGGAUUUAUAUACAAACCUGACCUAAAAACCUGUGAAGACAUUGACGAAUGUGAAUCAAAUCCUUGCAUUAAUGGAGUCUGCAAGAAUAGCCAAGGCUCUUUUAUUUGUGAGUGUUCUUCUGAAAGUACUUUGGAUCCAACAAAAACCAUCUGCAUAGAAACCAUCAAGGGCACUUGCUGGCAGACUGUCAUCGAUGGGCGGUGUGAGAUCAACAUCAAUGGAGCCACCUUGAAAUCCCAGUGCUGUUCCUCCCUUGGUGCUGCCUGGGGAAGCCCGUGUACCCUAUGCCAAGUCGAUUCCGUAUGUGGUAAAGGCUUUUCAAGAAUUAAAGGAACACAGUGUGAAGACAUAAACGAAUGUGAAGUGUUCCCAGGAGUAUGCAAAAAUGGCUUAUGUGUUAACUCUAAGGGAUCAUUUAAGUGUCAGUGUCCCAAUGGGAUGACUUUGGAUGCUACAGGGAGGAUCUGCCUGGAUAUCCGCCUGGAAACCUGCUUCCUGAGGUAUGAGGACGAGGAGUGCACUCUGCCCAUUGCUGGCCGCCACCGCAUGGAUGCCUGCUGCUGCUCCGUUGGGGCAGCCUGGGGUACAGAGGAAUGCGAGGAGUGUCCCGUGAGAAACACACCUGAGUACGAGGAGCUCUGUCCCAGAGGACCCGGAUUUGCCACAAAAGAAAUUACAAAUGGAAAACCUUUCUUCAAAGAUAUCAAUGAAUGCAAGAUGAUCCCCAGCCUCUGCACCCACGGCAAGUGCAGAAACACCAUAGGCAGCUUUAAGUGCAGGUGUGACAGUGGCUUUGCUCUUGAUUCUGAAGAAAGGAACUGCACAGACAUUGAUGAAUGCCGCAUAUCUCCUGACCUCUGUGGCCGAGGCCAGUGUGUGAACACCCCAGGAGACUUUGAAUGCAAAUGUGACGAAGGCUAUGAAAGUGGAUUCAUGAUGAUGAAGAACUGCAUGGAUAUUGAUGAAUGUCAGCGAAAUCCUCUCCUGUGCCGGGGAGGCGUUUGCCUAAACACGGAGGGAAGUUACCGCUGUGAAUGUCCUCCUGGUCAUCAGCUGUCCCCCAACAUUUCAGCAUGUAUAGAUAUCAAUGAGUGUGAACUGAGUGCGAACCUCUGUCCCAAUGGCCGCUGUGUGAACCUCAUAGGGAAAUAUCAGUGUGCCUGCAACCCUGGCUAUCAUUCAACUCCUGACAGGCUGUUUUGUGUUGACAUUGACGAAUGCAGCAUAAUGAACGGUGGUUGUGAGACCUUCUGUACGAACUCGGAAGGUAGCUAUGAAUGUAGCUGUCAGCCAGGAUUCGCACUAAUGCCCGACCAGAGGUCAUGUACUGACAUUGAUGAGUGUGAAGAUAACCCCAAUAUCUGCGAUGGGGGUCAGUGUACAAACAUACCUGGAGAGUACAGGUGUCUGUGUUUUGAUGGAUUCAUGGCAUCCGAAGACAUGAAGACUUGUGUAGAUGUGAAUGAAUGUGACCUGAAUCCAAAUAUCUGUCUAAGUGGAACCUGUGAAAACACUAAAGGCUCAUUUAUCUGCCAUUGUGAUAUGGGAUAUUCAGGCAAAAAGGGAAAAACUGGCUGCACAGACAUCAAUGAAUGUGAAAUUGGAGCACACAACUGCGACAGACAUGCUGUAUGUACCAACACAGCAGGAAGCUUCAAAUGUAGCUGCAGUCCCGGGUGGAUUGGCGAUGGCAUUAAGUGCACUGAUCUGGACGAAUGCUCCAAUGGAACCCACAUGUGCAGCCAGCAUGCAGAUUGCAAGAAUACCAUGGGUUCUUACCGCUGUCUCUGUAAGGAAGGAUAUACGGGCGAUGGCUUCACUUGCACAGAUCUUGAUGAGUGCUCUGAGAAUCUGAAUUUGUGUGGCAAUGGCCAGUGCCUCAACGCCCCAGGAGGAUACCGCUGUGAAUGUGACAUGGGCUUUGUGCCCAGUGCUGAUGGGAAAGCCUGUGAAGAUAUUGAUGAGUGUUCCCUUCCGAACAUCUGUGUUUUUGGAACUUGCCACAACCUGCCCGGCCUGUUCCGUUGUGAGUGCGAGAUAGGCUAUGAAUUGGACCGAAGCGGCGGGAACUGCACAGAUGUUAAUGAAUGUCUGGAUCCAACCACGUGUAUCAGUGGGAACUGUGUCAACACUCCAGGCAGCUAUACCUGUGAUUGUCCACCCGAUUUUGAGCUGAAUCCAACUCGAGUUGGCUGUGUUGAUACCCGCUCUGGAAAUUGCUAUCUGGAUGUUCGACCUCGAGGAGACAAUGGAGACACAGCCUGUAGCAAUGAAAUUGGAGUUGGUGUUUCCAAGGCUUCCUGCUGUUGUUCUCUGGGUAAAGCCUGGGGUACUCCUUGUGAGUUGUGCCCUGCUGUGAACACAUCUGAGUACAAAAUUCUUUGUCCUGGAGGAGAAGGUUUUCGACCCAAUCCUAUCACUGUUAUAUUGGAAGAUAUUGACGAGUGCCAGGAGCUUCCAGGGCUGUGCCAAGGCGGGAAAUGUAUCAACACCUUCGGCAGUUUCCAGUGCCGCUGUCCAACGGGUUACUACCUGAAUGAAGAUACCCGAGUGUGUGAUGAUGUGAAUGAAUGUGAAACUCCGGGCAUCUGUGGUCCAGGAACAUGUUACAACACCGUUGGCAACUACACCUGUAUUUGCCCUCCAGACUACAUGCAAGUGAAUGGAGGGAAUAAUUGCAUGGACAUGAGAAGAAGUCUGUGCUAUAGAAACUAUUAUGCUGACAACCAGACUUGUGACGGAGAACUGUUGUUCAAUAUGACCAAGAAGAUGUGCUGUUGUUCCUACAACAUUGGCCGAGCCUGGAAUAAGCCCUGUGAACAGUGUCCCAUCCCAAGCACAGAUGAAUUUGCUACACUCUGUGGAAGUCAAAGGCCAGGCUUCAUCAUUGACAUUUACACCGGCUUACCUGUUGAUAUUGAUGAAUGCCGGGAGAUCCCAGGGGUCUGUGAAAAUGGAGUGUGUAUCAACAUGGUUGGCAGCUUCAGAUGUGAAUGCCCAGUGGGCUUCUUCUAUAAUGACAAGCUGUUGGUUUGUGAAGAUAUUGAUGAGUGUCAAAACGGUCCAGUGUGCCAGCGCAAUGCCGAAUGCAUCAACACUGCUGGCAGCUACCGCUGUGACUGCAAGCCUGGCUACCGCUUCACUUCCACGGGGCAGUGCAAUGAUCGCAAUGAAUGUCAAGAAAUUCCCAACAUAUGCAGCCAUGGACAGUGUAUUGACACAGUCGGAAGCUUUUAUUGCAUUUGCCACACUGGUUUUAAAACAAAUGCUGAUCAAACCAUGUGUUUGGACAUAAAUGAAUGUGAAAGAGACGCCUGUGGGAAUGGAACUUGCCGGAACACAAUUGGUUCCUUCAACUGCCGCUGCAAUCAUGGUUUCAUCCUUUCUCACAACAAUGACUGUAUAGAUGUUGAUGAAUGUGCAACUGGAAAUGGGAACCUUUGCAGAAAUGGCCAGUGCAUCAAUACAGUGGGGUCCUUCCAGUGUCAGUGCAAUGAAGGCUAUGAGGUGGCUCCAGAUGGGAGAACCUGUGUGGAUAUCAACGAAUGUGUUCUAGAACCCGGAAAAUGUGCACCAGGCACCUGUCAGAACUUGGAUGGGUCUUACAGAUGCAUUUGUCCACCUGGAUACAGUCUACAAAAUGACAAGUGUGAAGAUAUUGAUGAGUGUGUUGAAGAGCCAGAAAUCUGUGCCUUGGGUACAUGCAGUAACACUGAAGGCAGCUUCAAGUGUCUGUGUCCAGAUGGGUUCUCCUUGUCCUCCACUGGUAGAAGGUGCCAAGAUUUGCGAAUGAGCUACUGUUAUGCGAAGUUUGAAGGAGGAAAGUGUUCAUCACCCAAAUCCAGAAAUCACUCCAAACAGGAAUGUUGCUGUGCCUUGAAGGGAGAAGGUUGGGGCGAUCCCUGCGAGCUGUGUCCCACUGAACCCGAUGAGGCCUUCCGCCAGAUCUGUCCCUAUGGAAGUGGGAUCAUUGUGGGACCUGAUGAUUCAGCAGUUGAUAUGGAUGAAUGCAAAGAACCUGAUGUCUGCAAACAUGGGCAGUGCAUCAAUACAGAUGGUUCCUAUCGCUGCGAGUGUCCCUUUGGUUACAUUCUGGAAGGGAAUGAAUGUGUGGAUACUGAUGAAUGUUCCGUGGGCAAUCCUUGUGGAAAUGGAACCUGUAAGAAUGUGAUUGGAGGUUUUGAAUGCACCUGUGAGGAGGGAUUUGAGCCUGGUCCAAUGAUGACUUGUGAAGAUAUAAACGAGUGUGCCCAGAAUCCUCUGCUCUGUGCCUUCCGAUGUGUGAACACUUAUGGGUCAUAUGAAUGCAAAUGUCCUGCUGGAUAUGUUUUGAGAGAAGACAGGAGGAUGUGCAAAGAUGAGGAUGAGUGUGAAGAGGGGAAACACGACUGUGCUGAAAAACAAAUGGAAUGCAAGAACCUCAUUGGUACAUACAUAUGCAUCUGCGGACCAGGCUAUCAGCGGACACCUGAUGGAGAAGGCUGCGUAGAUGAAAAUGAAUGUCAGACCAAGCCGGGGAUCUGUGAGAAUGGGCGCUGCCUCAACACUCGGGGAAGCUACACUUGUGAGUGCAAUGAUGGGUUCACAGCCAGCCCCACCCAGGAUGAGUGCCUUGACAACCGGGAAGGAUACUGCUUCACAGAGGUGCUCCAAAACAUGUGUCAGAUUGGCUCAAGCAACAGGAACCCUGUCACCAAGUCUGAAUGCUGCUGUGACGGAGGGAGAGGCUGGGGUCCCCACUGUGAGAUCUGUCCUUUCCAGGAUACUGUGGCUUUCAAAAAACUCUGCCCUCAUGGCCGCGGAUUUAUGACCAAUGGAGCAGAUAUUGAUGAGUGCAAGGUUAUUCAUGAUGUUUGCCGAAAUGGAGAAUGUAUCAAUGACAGGGGAUCAUAUCACUGCAUUUGUAAAACUGGCUACACUCCAGAUAUAACUGGGACUGCCUGUAUAGAUCUGAAUGAAUGCAACCAGGCUCCCAAGCCCUGCAAUUUUAUCUGUAAAAACACAGAAGGGAGUUACCAGUGUUCGUGCCCAAAAGGCUACAUUCUGCAGGAGGAUGGAAGGAGCUGUAAAGAUCUUGAUGAGUGUGCAACUAAGCAACACAACUGCCAGUUCCUGUGUGUCAACACCAUUGGCAGCUUCGCAUGUAAAUGUCCUCCGGGAUUUACCCAACACCACACUGCCUGCAUUGAUAACAAUGAAUGCACCUCUGAUAUCAACCUGUGUGGGUCUAAGGGCAUUUGCCAGAAUACUCCUGGAAGCUUCACCUGUGAAUGCCAGCGUGGAUUCUCCCUUGAUCAGAGUGGUGCCAGUUGUGAAGAUGUGGAUGAGUGUGAAGGAAACCAUCGCUGCCAGCACGGCUGCCAGAACAUCAUCGGGGGCUACAGGUGCAGCUGUCCCCAAGGCUAUCUCCAGCAUUACCAGUGGAACCAGUGUGUUGAUGAAAACGAAUGCCUCAGUGCUCACAUUUGUGGGGGAGCUUCCUGUCACAACACCCUGGGGAGCUACAAGUGCAUGUGCCCCGCCGGCUUCCAGUACGAGCAGUUCAGUGGAGGAUGCCAAGACAUCAACGAAUGUGGCUCUUCACAGGCCCCCUGCAGCUAUGGCUGUUCCAAUACUGAGGGCGGCUAUCUGUGCGGCUGUCCACCGGGUUACUUCCGAAUUGGCCAAGGGCACUGUGUUUCUGGAAUGGGCAUGGGCCGAGGAAGCCCAGAGCCACCUGCCAGCAGUGAAAUGGAUGACAAUUCUCUGUCCCCAGAGGCUUGCUACGAGUGUAAGAUCAACGGCUACCCCAAACGGGGCAGGAAACGGAGAAGCGCCAACGAAACAGAUGCCUCCAACAUUGAGGAUCAGCCCGAGAUAGAAGCCAAUGUGAGUCUUGCAAGUUGGGACGUUGACAAGACAGCCAUGUUCGCUUUCAAUAUUUCCCACAUCAGUAACAAGGUCCGAAUCCUAGAACUCCUUCCAGCCCUCACAACUCUGACGAAUCACAACAGAUACUUGAUUGAAUCUGGAAAUGAAAAUGGCUUCUUCAAAAUCAACCAAAAGGAAGGGAUCAGCUACCUCCACUUCACAAAGAAGAAGCCAGUGGCUGGAACCUAUUCAUUACACAUCAGUAGUACUCCACUUUAUAAAAAGAAAGAACUCAAUCAGCUAGAAGAUAAAUAUGACAAAGACUACCUCAGUGGUGAACUGGGUGAUAAUCUGAAGAUGAAAAUUCAGAUUUUGCUUCAUUAAUUCACCAUCCAGAGACCAAAUAAUUAAAAAACAAAGAUAGAUAGGUAGAACUGAAUUUCCCCCCAGUCAGAAUCUUCAUAUCAUAGGUACAACCUUUCACCACAUAAAUUUCUAUAAAUAAGCACUAUUCUUGUAUUACAAAAGCAAGGUACAGGUGACUACCCUAGUUCAAAACAACCACUUUCUCAGGCUUCUCAUGUGUAGCUAAGCUACCUUGUCAUAUGUGUUGAUUCUUGAAAACUGGGAUGUGUAUUUCCAUUGGGGGUUGGCUAUUCAUACUCACAUGCCAUCCUUCUAACAGAUGUACAGGAAUGUGCUCUCAAUUGAUGGACUGUUCUAUUUUUUUCAAAUUUUAAACUUUGCUUCUCCAAAUACAAGUACUAGGUUGGCCAUCUCUAAUAUCUAUUUGGUGCUAGUAAAUUCUCAAACUAGAUUCAUAAAUGCACUGUAAUAUUUACACAACUUAGAAACCAAAUUGCAAGUAUUCAGCUCAAAUACUUCAUUAAUUUCAAUCAACCAAAGUUAGUUCAGUAGCUUAUCUCAGUUAUGAGUAUAAUACAUUACAUGUAAAUUAAGUGUGUGUAUACUGUAAUCGUGCUAUUUUUUAUCAUUGAAACAUUUAUAAACUAGAAUAAUAAUGCCCUUAAACUGAGGGCUUGUAAUGGUGCUUAUUAAGACCAAAGACUUGUUAAAUGUGUACACCAAGUGGUAUUGAAAUUUCUGUGACUGGCCCGCACGUGCAUGGAGGUCUGGGCGGACCAGGAAACAGCCUCAGCAGUCAGAGGAUCACCAGUGCAUCCUUCAUCACACUUGUGCAAUCUUCCAAGAUUACCCUCGGUCAUUCUUGUCCACAAGGGGUCCAUGUCAUAAAUGUCACAAUAAAACAGUCUCUUCUUUUUUUAGUGUA